AUGAAGGAGAGAUUUCCUCCGUUGAAGAAUGACCGCCUCCUGCGGGCAGCACGUGGCGAAAAGGUCGACAGGCCGCCCAUGUGGGUGAUGCGACAAGCCGGCCGAUACCUGCCCGAGUACCACGAAGCCAAAGGAAAGCAUGACUUUUUCGAAUGCUGUCGCUCGCCCGAGAUCGCGUCGACCCUGACGCUCCAGCCGAUCGAGCGAUAUGCGGGGCUCAUCGACGCGGCCAUCAUCUUCUCCGACAUCCUCGUCAUCCCACAGGCCAUGGGCAUGGAAGUGAAAAUGGUCGACGGCAUCGGCCCCAAGUUCCCCAACCCUCUACGCUCGCCGGCGGAUACGCAGUACCAGGAGAUCGUCAAGCGAGACGUCGAUGUCGCGAAAGAACUGGAUUACGUGUACAAGGCCAUCACGCUGACGCGGAAGAAGCUGGACGGCCGAGUGCCGCUGUACGGGUUCUGCGGCGCACCGUGGACUCUGCUAUGCUACAUGGUCGAGGGCGGAGGGUCCAAGAUGUUCCGAGAGGCAAAGACAUGGGUGUACAAGUACGGCGAAGAGACCAAGGUUCUGCUCAAGAAGAUCUCGGACAUUUGUGUUGAGUACCUUGCUCUGCAAGUCGCGGCGGGAGCGCAGAUCCUUCAAGUCUUUGAUUCAUGGGCCGGCGAGCUGUCGCCUGCCUCGUUCAAGGAAUUCGCCUUGCCUGCGCUGAGAUACAUCUCGGAGAACCUGCCCAGGCGGCUGCGCGAGAUGGGCGAGGACGUCGUGCCUAUGGUGGUGUUCGCCAAGGGCGCAUGGUACGCCCUGGACGAGCUGUGCGACUCCGGGUACGACGUGGUUGGGCUCGACUGGUUGCACGAUCCGGCGGAAGCGGUCAAGAUCGCGAGAGGUCGCGUGACGCUGCAGGGGAACGCUGACCCGGGCGUUCUCUACGGUUCACACGAGGCCAUCACGUCGGUGGUGGAGAGUAUGGUAAAAGGGUUUGGCGGCGGCCAAGAGAGAUGGAUCGUGAAUCUCGGCCACGGUAUCACGCCAGGUGUCAAUCCUGAUGAUCUCAAAUUCUUCUUUGAGGAGGUUCAGCGGUGUACGACUUCGAGGUGA